UUGAGCGAAGAAGUCCUUCCAUUAAACACAGUAUUUUUAUUAAAAUGUGGAAUAUAAUAUGGCUCUUUAGUGGAGUCAGUUCAGUGUUUGCAGCAAUAGACAAAGACUUCGUCAACUUCGGCGGGUUCGUGUGCCCUCGCGAGGAAAAGGCGCUCGGCCGCUGUCUGCGUGAUGCUCUCAACGCCUACAUCCCAAAAUUAGCUACAGGAGUACCGGAGUACGGCGUGCCGGCAUGCGAGCCGCUGGUGGUAGGCGCGCUAUCCGUGCAACAGGCGGCGGGCCCGCUCGCCGUCACCUCCUCCUACACUGAUGUCACCGUGCGCGGCCCGUCCACCAUGCGCGUCAAGGACGUCCAAGUAGACUCCAAACAACAUAAAAUAGUGUCAGAGUUGUACAUCCCCGAGCUGAGGGUGAAGGGCAACUACAAGCUGUGGGGGCAGCUGCUGAUGCUGCCUAUCGAAGGAGAGGGACAAUUCUCCGGGAAGUACGCGAAUAUCGACGCGGUGGUGUCGAUCGCGCUGGGACGCGCGCCUCGGCGGCGGGCGCCGGACGCGCUCACCUGCGAGAGCUUGGCCGUUAAGUUCCACAUCGGCCAUGCGGAGCUGCAGCUCGACAACCUUUUUGGUGGAGAUGGGGAGUUAGGUAACGCCAUGAACAAGUUCUUGAACGAGAACUGGCAGAAGCUGGCCGAGGAGCUGCAGGCGCCGCUGGAGGAGGCGCUGCGCGACUUCCUCAAGCCGCUGGCCGACCACGCCUUCGGCAUGCUCCGCGCCGACGACGUGCUGGCUCUUUGACACCCGUGGGUGUGGGUGACCAGGGUGACACAUGACUCGUUGAUUAAAAGGCAUUUCACUUUGCUUUAACCCAUUUAGACACAAUUACUGCAAAAAGUGCCGUUAAUUAUCCUUAGAUUAUUUAACCUAAGUAUAGUUGGGUCAUCAGGUGAACUUUUUACCCUCCACCAGCCUAAGCAUUACUUCAUUGCUUGCUCAAAACUUUACUCUUAAAAUAUUUCAAUUUGUAUUUAACAUUGUAUUAAACUUAAUUAACAUAGCGGGUGGGGCAAAAACUUAAACUGUAGGCUGUACUCUCAACCAGGCCAACAUUUGUUAAGCGAUUUUUAAAAAUAACUUGUGGUUUGA